AUGUUCGCUUCAAAAUCCAGUUCUGUAUCCCCUUCUCCAUCCAUGGAGCAGGCAGAUUCGGAUGCUCUGGAUAUCAGCACCAAAGUGCAGCUGUACGGUGUGCUCUGGAAGAGACCCUUCGGGAGGCAGUCAGCCAAAUGGUCCAGGAGGUUCUUCAUCAUUAAGGAAAGUUUCCUGCUCUACUAUGCUGAGAGUGAGAAGAGGAGUUUUGAAAGCAAUAAAUACUUCAAUAUCCACCCCAAGGGUGUCAUACCCCUGGGAGGCUGCAUCGUGGAGCCCAAAGAAGAGCCCAACAUGCCUUAUGCCAUAAAGAUCUCGCAUGAAGACUUCCAUGGUAACAUUGUUCUAGCAGCUGAAUCAGAGUUUGAGCAGGCUCAGUGGCUGGAGAUGCUACAGGAGUCUGGAAAAGUGACCUGGAAGAAUGCCCAGCUGGGAGAAGCCAUGAUUGAAAGCCUGGAAGCCCAAGGACUGCAGCUGGCCAAGGAGAAACAGGAGUAUUUGGAUAAGCUAAUGGAAGAAACAGAAGAGCUGUGUCUGCAGAGGGAGCAGAAAGAGGAACUCGAACGUCUGAACCAGGUCCUGGAAGCAGAGAAGCACCGGUUUGAAGAGGUGGUACGGGAGCUUCGGCUGGAGCAGGAACAGAUCAGACGGGAGCUAGAGCUCACAGCCCGCUCCCUUAAAGGAGUGGAGGAAGAAAAGAAAGAGUUACGAAGCCUGACACAGUCUUUACAGAAAACCCUAGAGGAGCUCUCCCUGGAAAAGCAGCAAAUGUUGGAGAUGCUGGAAGAAAAUGAGAGACAGCUUCCACCUCCAACCAGCCCCAGCAAGGAGCAAAGCCCCAUCUGGGGACUGCAUUGCAGCCUGCAACAGAUUGAAGCGAAGAUGCAGCAACUUCUGGAGGAGAAACUCCUGGCAGAGAAGAGGAUGAAGGAGAAUGAGGAGCGGUCCCGAGCGCUGGAGGAGGAGCGGGAGUUUUACUCUUCCCAGUCGCGAGCGCUGCAGAACUCGCUCUUGGAGCUGACUGCGGAGAAGCAGCAGACAGAGAGAGACCUCAAGGCUGAAGUGAAGGUGCGCAUGGAUCUGGAGAAGAGACUGAGAGAAGCUGAGGAAGCAUUGCAGAGCUUGGAGCAAGGCUUAAAUUCACUGGAUUGCAACAAGGAGAAAGAGGAGAAGAUGAAGGCAGAUGUCAGUAACUUGAGAA